UAUGACACCACAGUCGGGGCGAGGCUUCAAGAUUCCCGAAUAGUCUGCCGUAGACCGUGACACAGAGGCAAAACGCAGGAUGAAGAAGACUGACAAGGUGGACGAAGGCAGCGGUGGGGGACAGGCUGAAGUUAAGAAAGAGAAAGUUCAGAGUUGGAUCCCCAAGCUCAUCAAGAAGCGAGUGUGCACCACCUAUGUAGAAGAUGAACUCAGUGAUGGAGUAUUAUGUCAGUGCGGUCACGUGCGGAACGUGCAUAAUAUCUUGGACGCGAGGGACUCCGGCGGGGAGCCGACUGCCACCCAAUGGAAUAGCGCACAGCACACCACAGAGUGUACCACCGAUGCCUUUGGAGAGUUGGAGUUUGCCGGCGCUGGACGAAGACACAGCUAUUUUCUGCGGCUGUCGUGCGACACACAACCUCAGCUCAUCUACACUCUAAUGACGACAUACUGGGCUUUGCCCUCACCCAACUUGGUGGUGUCGGUGGUGGGGGGCGAAGGCUGUGAGAAUAUUAAAACUUGGGUGAGAGAGGUCCUGAGAAAUGGUUUGGUUCGGGCUGCGCAGAGCACAGGGGCCUGGAUCUUAACAGAGGGUCUCCGGGAAGGCGUAGCCCGCUGCGUGGGCGAGGCCGUCAGGGAUCACGACGCUGCAGCUCCAGCUCACUCGAAAAAGAAAGUAAUAGCUGUGGGACUCGCACCCUGGGGCAUCGUACACAACAGGCAGCAGCUUGUGAAGCCAGAGGGAAGCUUUCCUGCCCGCUACUAUGUCCAGAACACCUCGCGUGACAGCUGCUGCCUGGAUAACAACUGUCAGGCUUUCCUAUUGGUGGAUGAUGGGAGCACUGGCAGAAGAGGAGGAGAGACAGUCUUCCGGGCCAAUCUGGAAGACUAUAUAUCACAUCAACGCACUGGCAUUUGGGGUAGUGGCAGUAUUGAAAUCCCAGUGCUGUGUAUGCUAAUCUCCGGGGAUGCUCACAUGCUUGAGAGAGUAGAGUCAUCUCUGAGGAGAUCAACGCCUUGGCUGAUUCUUGCUGGAACUGGUCCUGCUGCAGACUUUAUCAGCGAACUUCUAUUGUGUCCCGACUGCUCUUCCAUCAGCCAAACUGCCCCAUCAACAAUGGCUGAGAUUGCCGAGUAUCUAGCAGACAUCCGUAACCUGGUUUCCGACAAGAUCAGGAGGUACUUCCAAGGAGAACAUGACUUGGAAAAACUGGUGGACAGUGCUCUGAGUAUUUAUCACAACAAAGAGCUCCUCACUGUUUUCCAUGGGGAGCAAGACGGACUUUAUGAUUUUGACACUGUCCUCCUCAAAGCCCUUGUUCGAGCUAGUAAACGUCUGUCCAGUGAUGCCAGUGAGUACACUCAAGAGCUGAAACUGGCCGUGGCCUGGAACAGAGUGGACAUUGCCAAAGCGGAACUUUUCACCGGAAACAUUCAAUGGACGUACGAGGAUCUGGACGACUCCAUGACAGAUGCUUUGAUCAAUGACAAGCCUCAGUUUGUGCGCCUCUUCUGCGAGAACGGUCUGAACAUCCUGGACUACCUGACCUACGAGCGCUUAGAGAGCUUGUAUCGCUCGUUCUCCGACACCACUGUGGUCUACACUCUGCUCCAAGGACAUCUGAAUGACCGUCUCAGCCUGUCUGGCUCUCAUGCCAGUCUGAAGGGAGCCAAAAUGGGUCACCUAAACAGCACGCAGAGUGUCAUGCCAGGACCUGCUUCAGCACAACAACUUAGCCUGUUUGAGGUAUCACGUGUGUUGUGGGACUUGCUGGGAGAUGUGUGUCAGCCUUUCUACUACGGACCCCUGGGUUUGGACCCCAAAUUCGGCAUACGAAAUGCCCUCAGACAUGUCAUCAAGUUGUUGCAGGGGAAAUGUGCGUACCGGGACCAACGCUGCCAGUCUCCGUGGGCAGCGCUCUUCAUUUGGGCUAUUCUUCAAAACCGCACUGAGAUGGCUAUUUACUUCUGGGAGAUGGCGGGGGAGUCGGUACUGAGUGCGCUAGGUGGCUGUAAGCUGCUGAGAGAAAUUCGCAAGCUUGAAAGUGAGACUGAGUGCAAGAUGGCCAUGAGAGAACUGGCGCAGAAGUUUGAGGAUCUUGCGCACGAUGUGUUUGGAGAGUGUUACCAGAGCAGUGAGAGGCGCUCAUUCAAACUCCUGAUAAGAAAGUCUCCAGUGUGGCUUGAUGCUACAUGUCUGCAAAUGGCCACUGCGGCGGAUGCUCGCCAGUUCUUCAGCCAUGAUGGAGUUCAGGCACUCCUCUCCCAGAUCUGGUGGGGCAACAUGGACAGAAGUACCAAGGUCUGGAAGUUGAUCAUAUGCUUCUUUGUGCCCCCCUUCAUCUACACAGACUUAAUCCGCUUCAGGAAGGAUCAGGAAACGGUUAUUCCUUUGGACGCCGACCACUUACAGACUGACAACCCAGGCAGAAAUAAUACCAGGGUCCUCUCCCUGGAAGACAUCAUACUCAAUGAUGGUGACGCUGAGGAACUCAGGGUUCUCAAAGAAGAUCUGAAAGCCACUGAACCAAGCAACACGAAAAGACCAUUCUUAGUGUCACGGUGGAGACAGUUUUGGUUUGCUCCUGUCACCUCCUUCCUGGGCAACGUGCUGAUGUACUUCGUGUUCCUCUUAUUGUUUGCUUACGUCCUAUUGGUGGAUUUCAAGCCCCCAUCUCAAGGCAUCCCAUCCAAACUGGAAUUUCUGCUUUACUUUUGGGUUUUUACUUUAGUAUGUGAAGAGAUUCGACAGGGUUUCUUCAUGCCCACCAACUUUAUGCUCCAGAGGAUGAGGAGUUACAUGGAGGAUAUUUGGAAUAAGUGUGAUCUCGCAGGCAUCGUUAUCUUCAUUAUUGCUCUGUGCUGCAGAAUGUUUACAUGGUCAUUUGAGUUUGGUCGAACUCUGAUGGCCAUGGAUUAUAUUGUCUUCACACUCCGCCUGAUCCAUAUAUUUGCUGCCCACAAACAGCUUGGUCCCAAGAUUAUCAUUGUUGGCAAAAUGAUGAAAGACAUUUUCUUCUUCCUCUUUUUCCUGGCUGUGUGGGUCAUGGCCUAUGGAGUGGCCAACCAGGCACUUCUCUACUCGUACGAUCCCCGACCAGAGUGGAUAUUUCGCCGUGUUUUUUACAAACCUUACCUGCACAUUUAUGGACUACUUCCUAUGGAAGAAGUGGAUUCUGAACUAUUUCAACAACCCAACUGUACCAACAACAGGACACUAAUUCAAGCAGGAGCGGAGCCAUGCAUGAACACAUACGCCAACUGGCUGGUUAUACUUCUCCAGACUGUCUAUCUGCUGGUGACCAACAUCCUCUUGAUUAAUCUCCUCAUUGCCAUUUUCAGUUACACUUUUAACCUAGUUCAGGAGCGCAGUGAUAUCUACUGGAAAUUUCAGCGUUACAGCCUAAUUGUGGAGUACCACGCCAGGCCAUGCCUGGCCCCGCCGUUUAUCAUCAUUUCACAUCUGAAUGUUUUCAUCAAGCGAUACAUCCGCCGCAUACCCUCAGAAAAGAAAAAACACUUUGCUUUGACGCUGGAAGACGUAAAGUCCAGCCGACUUAGUAUGUGGGAGGCCAUCCAGAAAGAAGACCUCCUCUCUCUUCAGAAUAAACAACAAAGAGAGAGUGACACAGAGCGGCUUAAACGUACAUCUGAUAAGGUGGACAGUGUGCUGAAGCACACGGCAGAGAACCGUGACACCAAUCGCCGUUUGCAGCUCCUGGAGACAGAGAUGGAGUUCUGCUGCAACGCCCUCACCUGGAUGAUGGACGCAAUGUCUCAGAAUGAUCUCACCCCAACCAACCGGACACUUCCACUCCUACGAGAUCUGCCGCCAAGCUGAAGCGCCGCAAAAUACACACAUGAACACACAAUUGGUAGAGUGGAAAACAAAACCCCUAUCCCGAAUAUUCUUGAUGAACUACGUAUUUUCUGAGAAAAAUAUAUCUAUACCUGGAGCAAAAUUCUAAGGAUAUCCCAGAUCUGCAAUUGUGCCCAGUGUGAGGAUGUUAAAAAUAUAAUAAAGACGAUGAUACAAAUGUUUGCGGCACGCUUUUUACAUAUUCAUGAAAAAAACACCACACAAUAUUAUUAUUACGCUAUAUCUAUCGUUCAUAAAUAAUGCUAACAGUAAAAUUAACAAUCAUUUGGGCUUUUCUUACUCCCUUAUUUAUUUACCCCAGUGCACGUUUUCAUUUGGACACAAGAGGGUGGCAUGGGGAAGAAAGGCUGCCACACACUGGUGAGUAGCGUAGCAUUGCUUUCAAAUUCACAGCCUGGGAAUUCAUUGUGCUUUUAAUAUGUAAGACUCGACAUUUAAAAGACUAUUGAGGUGUUUGCACUAUUUGAAACUUUAAGUUCAUGUGAUCGAUGAAGUCCCAGGAAGGUGAAAGCACCCGUAUAUAUUAUUAAUGCAUUAUUUUUAGUUUCCUUGUUUCAAGGUUUUUCAACCUGUGUCUAUUUCUGCAUCUGCGUCUUAAUAAAGCCUGACUUGA